CAGAACUCCAGCCAUGAUCGGCUGCUCUUUCGUGGUAGAUCGGGAAUACUUUGGUGAGAUCGGUCUGCUGGAUCCUGGCAUGGAGGUCUACGGCGGUGAGAACAUCGAGCUGGGCAUGCGGGUGUGGCAGUGUGGUGGGAGCAUGGAAGUCCUCCCGUGCGCCAGAGUGGCCCAUAUCGAGCGCACCAAAAAACCCUACAACAAUGACAUCGAUUACUACGCCAAGCGCAAUGCCCUGCGAGCCGCUGAGGUGUGGAUGGACGAAUACAAAUCCCACGUCUACAUGGCCUGGAACAUUCCCAUGAAUAACCCUGGGGUUGAUUUCGGGGAUGUCUCGGAGCGCUUGGCCUUAAGGAAAAGGCUGCAAUGUCGGAGUUUCCGCUGGUACCUUGAACACGUCUACCCGGAGAUGCGAAUCUAUAACAACACCAUCACAUAUGGCGAGGUGAGGAAGACCAAACUGUAAUCAGUAUACUGUCUGAAAACCGGUGCAGAUGACUCAGAUAACAGUAGUGUAACACAUUUGAUUCCCUUUGGCUUGCAGCUGGCUCGCUACUCUACGGAGGGGCUUCUCCAGCUUGGUCCCCUGGGGUCCACCACCUUCCUGCCUGAUACAAAAUGCCUCAUCGAUGAUGGCAGAGGACGCACUCCCAGUCUGAAAAAAUGCGAUGCCGUGUCGAGGAUUUCCCAGAGGCUUUGGGACUUUACACAGAAUGGGCCGAUCAUCAGCAGAGACAGUGGCCGAUGCUUGGAGGUAGAAAUGUCCAAAGACGCCAACUUCGGCCUUCGCCUUGUGGUCCAGAGAUGCUCUGGUCAGAAGUGGAUGAUACGAAACUGGAUUAAGCAUCCCAGGCACUGAAACCAGAGAAAGACCUCUGAGACAGUUUGGGCAGCGUUUCAAGUCACAGUUAGAUCUUAAACUGUGGACAGUUCAGAGCGAGCAGAGCGCCGGUGGUGCUGGUGUGUGGUAUUUCACACCACGGACUACACAGUACACUGGGUCUCCCUCAGGCCACAGAGCUUUCCAAUACUGAGUUUUAAAGAAGAAUAUGUUCAAUCCGUGUGUUCCACUGAGCUGCACAUUCAUACCAGACCUUAUGGCAGGCUGCACCGUUUGAAAUGGCCCACAUCUGAUAUUCAGCUACAGUUGUACAUGUAUAGAGUCAUCUGAGUGCAGCCCCUGAAGGUGGUUCAACGUUCUAGUAAUUAUAUUGUUUCUACUGUAAAAGUAUCAGCUCUUUGGAGAUGAGAAAGCGUGGGUGGGUGUGUGAUUUUAUUUUUUUCCUGAGUGAAUCGGAGCAAAUCAGAAGAUAUAAUUGCUGUCAGUUGCCACAUGAAAGUGAUUAUUUUGGGCUGUGGUAUGGAAAAUUGCUUUGGACUUAAUGUGCUGCCCUGGCAAGACAUGUAAUAGGCUUCAAAGGGGCUGCCCAUCAUUAGACCGGGGGACAUUUCAGCUGCACUCACAUAAACCACGACGGUUCUUUGUUUCUUUGGACUGUAUUGCUCACUGUGGACACGAGCAAUCACGUGCCUUUUUGUCUCAUUUUUCUGCUUCAUCUGACCAGGGAAUGUCAGUCCCAAAAGCAUGUACAAAAUUAUUUGAAAGUUAUUAAUAUAUAAAACAAUGUAUAAAACAGUCUAAUGAUAGUAAUAUAUUGUAAAGGGAAAAAACAGUGGAACAUUGAUAUCCGUAAUCCGAUAAUAAAUUAGGAUAAUAAAAUCAUUUUUAUGACAAA